UCUGCACUGUCCACUUGUUUCCUAUUACUCUCAAGGGAGCGGGAAAACGAGAGAAAAUGGAGAUGAGAGAAAGAAAAAACAAGAAAGCCUGAAUUCGAGAUCAAGGUCGUUGUCACAGAGGUAGUUCGACGCGCGUCUCCUUUGUAUGUGUGUAUGUAUGCACGUAUACGUGUCUCUCAAUGCAGGUAUGCGUCUAUGAGCGUGUAUACACGGAAACAUCGCUUUUUCGGAGAAUACUAUACACGUAAUCGGUCGGUGCCAAAGCGGUGGUGCGCGCUGUGACGUAGGGGAUCAAUUUUACCGACCGAGCAGCCACGAGCGCGUAUAGAGGCGCGAGAGUUCGUGAAAGUGAUUAGAAGAAGACAGAGAGCGGCCUUGUAACGCGGUCAGGAUCGAAGUGCGAAGAUGUAGAGCCGUGGUUUCGUGUGCGUCACGGCGAUAGAGCACGAAAAGAGGAGGAAGGAUGGGCGGCGAAUGGGACUGAAAGACGCGGAUAUAUUAUGGGCUGAAGAGCAAGAAGGUCAGGAUGCUGAGCAGCUUGGCAAACUACUUACUCGGAGGUAAUAUCUCCGGCGCGCAAGAUUCACGGGAAAGGUCCAAUAACGAAAGCCCGGAGUCCCUUCCAGUAAUAGCGAGGCUCAGUCAGGUGGAGGUUGAGGGCGAAGACUGGAUCCUCAUUGACCGUGCUGUUGAGGGCGCGACGGCGCUGGAGGAGUCGUGGUAUGUAACGCCACCCGCAUGUUUCACACGGGCGGGCCCCGUGAACGUAGAAACAUCACCGCUAGAGGACCUGCUGAUAGAGCAUCCCAGUAUGUCCGUGUACCGAGCCACAGCGUCUCCGGUCGCCCCCGAAACCCCACCGCCCACGCCUGACGCGUCGGAAGACGCCGUCGAGGAGGACGUUCUGCCCGACCUGGUCUCCAGCGCCCCGGACACGGCGGCGGCAGCAGCAGCAGCUUCGCCGGAACGUAGCCCCAGGAGAAGCGAGGACGAGCGACAAGCAACCCGUAGAAGACCAGCCAUCCACGAUGGAAGACCUGCCGUUGAUCGCGCCCGAACCGAGAAGAGGAUAGCUCAGCUUCGGUCGGCUUCGCAGAAGGUUUUCGAGAAGAGGUCUACCCAAGCGUUGAAGAGAGGCCGUCUGGAGAGGAGUAACAAACUGAGAGAGGUGUUCAGUGUAAAAGGCAAGCGGCCACGCCGCCAGGACCGCUUGCGUAUCCAGAACAGUGGCGCAAACAACAACCGGAAAUGCUAGUCAUUCGAUCUCAGACCAAGGUGUACUCAAAUACUUUCUUCCUGAAAAACGCGAUUUCUGGAAGCGUUUAACUCAUUCAACAGUUCAGGCGACUGAGAUUUAAGUGUUCAUCGACUUACUUUCAGCCUACUACAUUCUACAGCAUAUUACAAUUAUGCCUAAUGUAUAAACUGAACGAUAAACAAAAAGACGAAUUAGAUAGCAAGAGGAAAGGUCAAGUCGAUAAAAAAGAAUAUAUGAAUGGAACAAAAGCAUACAAAUAUUAAUUCAAAAAAAGAAGGAAAGAAGAAAAAAUAAAUCACGUGGAGAAGCCAUAGAGAUCUGCUCUUAUAUACGCUCCCUCCCUUAUCGUGUAUUUUAUAUAUUGCUUCUAUAUUGCUUCUUCGCGUACAAAAUGCUCGAGAAUUGUUUUUCUCGAGAUUAUUAUACGAAGAAAGCGAACAAUAGAGUGAAACAAGAAGAGAAAGAAAAAAACAAUCGUUUCUUUACGAACUUGAUACGAACUUGAUGUCUUCUGCUAAUCGAGAAGAAACGUCGUCUGAGGAAAGAAAAUGAGGGGGCAAAAAAAAAAAAAAAAAAAAAAAAAAAAAAAAAAAAAAAAAAANAGAAAAAAAGAAAAAAAAAUAUAUGUAAAAAAAGGAAGAAAGUAUUUGAAACGUAGCCGAUUGGUCCACGGUGAGAGAGUCUCGUUGUAGAAUAUCUCGUGUAUAAUGACGCGUGUAUGAUACUCGGUUGGAUCGUGUGUAUACUUUUUAGCCUCCAUUUAGUAUGGGCAAAUGUGUUUUUACUCGUAUGUUUAACGUUUAGUUUCUAUUUAAGUUGUUUACAAUACCUGUCACUGAUGCGCCUAUGUAUGUAGCAGACAGGAUUUAUUAACGUAUAAUUUUUAGCGUAUAAUAACCCCUCUCCCCUCCCCCUGAUGACCCUCCCCCCUUUCGUUCUUUCUUCCCUUUCGAAAAUCGUGCGAACGAGCCGCCAUUUUUUUUUUUCUUUUACGGACCGGUCCACGUUCGAUUUGCGGCGAAAGUCGGUUUCGAAUGAUGAUGAAAUGCCAGAAACACAUAUACUUUCGGGACCACGCUUUCUUUUUUUUUUUUUUUUUUUUUUUUUUUUUUUUCUUAAAGUUAUGAUUAAUUCACGCUGGACACUUUCAACCGUAGACGACCCGUUUAAAAAAAAAAAGGAAAAAAAAAAAAAGAUAAAAUUACACAACACGACGAGAUGGACGAACCACUAGCGUUAAUAGGUCACGUGCGAGCUCUCUGAGUGGCUCUGAAGACAGCUGAUAGUCGUAGAACGUCCAUUGGCGGCGUUACUGUACCCGUCUCAUGGUGUCCUUCCGUCUCAACUCUGAAUAUCACCGAACCAUUAAGCAAUAAAACGCUAUCAAUCGGACACUGUAAGGAGAAAAAAAGCCUAUCGAUGGACGUUCACAACAAUAACUGUAUUUAUUUAGCGGCACACAUGGUAUGGUACUAUCAACCGAAUAAUAUCGAUUAAACUUAUUAAACGUAAACGUUUUAGAUGACGAAAAACGAUGGGAAAAAAGGAAAAAACGUGUCUUGUAUGAACGAAGCGAUUGAAAGCGAGAAACAACGGACAACAGUUCAUCUCUCCUCCUCGAUCGUUUCGACGAAAAUCGUUCAACUUACGUCGCGUAAGUGUAUAAGAUAAGAAUCCACGAAGAUGAACGAUCGAUUCGUGAAGAGAGAAAGAGAGAGAGAGAGAGAGAGAAAGAAAGAGAGAUAGAGGCAGAGUUGCUAAGAUUCCAGCUGCAGAAUCAAUUUCCAUAUAUAUAUAUAUAUAUAUAUACACAUAAAUAUAUAUAUAUAUAUAAAACUGAUGCGCGUUAUAGCGCAUCGACAUUUCAAAGUAUUCGCUUCUCGUGGAUGAAUGAAAACAAAAAAAAGGANAAAAAGAUGAAAAAAAGAAAAAAAAAAAAGAAAGAAAACAUAGUGCAAGCUGCUCUGCUGGCCAAAUCGAGGCGGGGGAAAUUUUUCAUUCACACACUCGAUUGGUCGUCCACUCGAGCCUCAAAUUGUUGAAGAUACUUGUACCUGGAUGACUGAUAAUAUAGAAAGAAAUUUUUAAAUCGACAGUUUUCGAACUCCUCAGACUGCUCAGGGUAGACUGUUGACCUAGAAAAAAGAAAAAAAAAAAAAAAAAAGAAAAAAGAAAAAAAAAAAGGAACAAAGAAUAUUCAAUUUGCGUUUUUAACAUGGAAGCAGAUUUAAACAGAGACAGAAUAAACAGUCUGCAUCUUCGAUGGUCGGCUAUAUCACGUUGACGAGAUUGAACCAGAGUUCACGUACAAGUGUCCUUAAGGCCGGAUAGGUGGAGCAGCUCGAGAAGGGAUUGGUGUCGCCCGAAUUGGACACUAUAUAUAAAUUCAGAUCCGCGUCUUUGUGGACGUACAGCAAGCGUGUUCGUCAGGUAUUGGCGCGAAAUUGUGCAAUACCGUUCCCUAUCGUGAUAAUUAAUUAACCCCCAACCCCCUCAGAUGAUUUCUUCUAUGAAGAAACAGGCGACACCGCGUUCAACCACCGCCAGCAAUUCGUUUUGGAUGAAGGGAUAAAUUCAGAAAUCGUUGCUAGCCAAUCUAGGCCAGGAUAUCCACUGCCUGGAAUAGUUUCUUUGAGAGCUGCUCCACCUGGGUCCCUGAAGCUGGAUAUCGUCCAACAAAACUAGUAGCAAUAGAACUCGUCCAAUCAAACUAUUGGAUGAUAGUUGACAGACAGCUGUGAUUCAAACUGAAUUCGACUUCGGACGACCCUCUCCUCCGCAAGGAGAAUAGCUAAAUCGUGUUUCAAGCAAGGAAACUUUUCUCCUCUGUGGUCCUAAAUUCGGGGAAUUUUUCUAUUAAAAAAAGAAAAAGAAAAAAAAAAGAAGAAGAGGAAGAAGAAGAAGAAAAAAGUUAAAAAAAGGAAAAAAACAAGAAAAAGAAAAAAAAAGAGAAAAAAAAAAUUUGGAAGGAAUUUCGGUUAUUCUCGAUCCUUCCCUCCGAGAUUCUCGUCCUGUUAGCCAACUCUCGAUAGUACUUAACGCAUCCCAACGUGAUCUGGAAUAACCUAGGUUCCAUCUUUCCAAGAUCUUCGUUCCAACCAACUUUUUGGCAUUUCGAGGAAAACGAAAUUGAUCGCGAGGACCGCAAAGGAAGCAACUCGUUGAGAAUCAGUCCGGUUUUAAAUAAUAGCGAUUCUGUAAAUAAUAAUAAAAAAAAAAAAAAAGUAUAUAUAAAAGAAAAAAACGAGUGUUGUAAAUGAUUAAAAGAAUAAAAAAAAAAAAAAAAAAA